UCCCGCGCCAGCUGCUUACAGACUCAACACCAUGGAAGCACAGGCGCAACCAUUGCUUUGCACGGUCGAUAGGACAGUCCACUGCCGCCAUGUGCCAGUGACUGUGAGGGUACCCGCCGAUCUUGCUGGUUGCCGAUGGCGCGGUGCCGCCUGCGCACUGAAGCGGUCAGCUUGCCUGAAGGUAUACGCGACGUCGUCGGCGAGCGGGAGCCCGGGGCCGGAGACGGAAAAACCAACUCUCGCUGGUAAUACCCACAAGCUUUUGGAAUCAACCGACGGGAAAUCAACAAACAUCUUUUGGCAUAAUAACCCAGCAGGAAAAAAUGAGAGGGUGAAGCUACUUAAUCAGAAAGGAUGUGUUGUAUGGAUCACUGGCCUGAGUGGCUCAGGGAAGAGCACUCUUGCAUGCGCACUCAGUCAGGAAUUGCACAAUAGAGGGCAUUUGUCUUAUAUCCUUGAUGGUGACAAUCUCAGGCAUGGGUUAAACCGGGACCUUAGCUUCAAGCCGGAUGAUCGUGCUGAAAACAUUCGCCGUGUUGGAGAAGUGGCAAAGCUGUUUGCAGAUGCCGGUCUCAUAUGCAUAACUAGUUUGAUAUCUCCCUACCGAAGAGAUCGAGAUGCUUGUCGAUAUUUACUGCCAAGAUCUUCAUUCAUUGAGGUUUUUCUGAAUGUUCCACUUGAGGUAUGUGAAGGAAGGGAUCCCAAAGGUUUGUACAAGCUUGCUCGUGACGGCAAAAUUAAAGGAUUUACUGGAAUAGAUGACCCAUAUGAAGCACCGACUAACUGUGAGAUUGUGAUAGGGUGGCAUGAUGGGAUGUGCCCUUCGCCGAAAGCUACGGCUGAUGAAGUUGUAUUCUACAUGACGAAAAAUGGGUAUUUAACUUGAACGAACAGAGCGCAAACUCCCUGUAUAUCGUCAUGCAGACAUGCAGCGAAAUAGUGCAUCACUUCGCGGCAGAGCUAGCUAGGCUCUGCAAAUAAUUAAGUAGUAAUUUUACAUCAAUGUUUUUCUGUUCUCAUCUUCUGUUUAUGCCAGCAGCUGUGUUGCAAUAACAUUUGGCACAUCUGCCCUUUUUAAGAUCGCUGAACAUGGGGGUUUAUUUAAAUUUAAGAAUUUUCCAUAUGCU